UUUGUGGACGUAAUUGUUGUCUGUAUUUGCCAUUCAUUUGAGUCUAUGUUUUGAGUGAUUCAGCAAAUCGUUGAAUCAAAUCAAUUGUCGGAUCAAACCAUCGGUUGUUGGCCUCAAAUUAGCGGACAAUGGUUUUGGAGAGUACUAUAAUUUGUGUGGACAACAGUGAGUUCAUGAGGAAUGGAGACUUCGUGCCGACCCGUCUUCAGGCACAACAGGACGCCGUGUCGAUGGUCUGCCACUCGAAGACCAGAUCCAACCCGGAAAACAACGUGGGAUUACUGACGAUGUCGUCCACCCCUCAGGUGUUGACCACUUUGACCACAGAUGUCGGGCGUAUUCUCUCGAAACUACACGCCGUGGAACCGAUGGGCGAAAUCAAUCUCAUGACUGGCAUAAGAGUCGCUCAUUUGGCUCUAAAGCACAGACAGGGAAAGAACCAUAAGAUGCGAAUCGUUGUCUUCGUCGGAAGUCCUGUUGAUUCCGAUGAGAAAGAGUUAAUCAAAUUAGCGAAACGUCUGAAGAAAGAGAAAGUGAACGUCGAUGUCGUCAACUUUGGCGAAGAACAGCUCAACACCGAUAAGUUGACCGCUUUUAUCAAAGCACUUGAAGGCACGGCUUCUCAUUUGGUGACUGUCCCGCCCGGACCUCAUCUCUCGGACGCACUCAUCAGUUCGCCUGUCAUUCAGGGCGAAGACGGAACCGGAGCCGUCGGUAUCGGCGGUUCGGGCUUUGAGUUUGGCAUCGAUCCCAACGAAGACCCGGAACUGGCGCUCGCUUUACGAGUAUCGAUGGAAGAGCAGAGACAACGACAGGCAGAAGUGGAUCGAAGUCAGCCGCUGGUCGCUGGAGAGGACCCGAGCGCUAGUGGCAGCGCAGUUCCCGCCGCAACCACUGGCGGCCCGACCGUCAACACUGAAGAGGCACUCCUGGAGAAGGCUCUGGCGAUGUCUUUGGAAACCGAUGAGGAGAGGAACGCCGGUGUGAAGCCACCGGUGAGCGCCUCG